AUGGGUCUAAAUUGGAGUAUUGUGGAGUGUAGUUCUUCACAAGUAAGGUUCCAAAAACAGCUUUAUGAGAAGGUAGUGCUUCCAGAUGAGGAUAAUGCUUCUUCCUUCCUUCAAUGCCUGCGCCAUCGGAAAAUGCACCAGGAGUUUUCCAAGAUGUCAAUCAAAGCCUUGUCCCUCUUGGGAGAUAUCCAGAGAACAACAAUCAUGGAGAUCUUGUCACUCUGCACAGGAAUCAAUAAUCUUACCCUACAGUCCAACAACAAUGAUGAUGAUGACGACAUAGCACCUCUACUACAAGUACUGAACUAUCUUCCCCUGAUGGUACUGUCUCUGCAAAUAGAAGUCCCUCUCACUUCCACUUCAAUAUCCAAUGUUACCAUCUUCACUAAACUGACUUGUCUUAAGAUUGACGAUGCAGACAUGCUUCAGCACCUUGAAAUGGAAUGCUUCCCACAGUUGACUCACCCUUCAUUGUGGGGUAGCUUGUUCCACCCAGGAGUCAAUGUGCCAUCAUUGGUGAACAGACUUCUUAGUCAUCCAACACUUUGGGUUCUUAUAUUCUGUGUUGACUGUCACCAGCAUUUUGCAACAUUCCUUGAUUAUCACAGGAUCCACAAUCCUUGA